GACAGACACCACUUUCCGACUACCCAACAAUGAUCAGCAUCUUCUUCCUAUGUCUGCUGAGCCUGAACGGGAAGGUCACCUCGCAAGUCCUGACUGCCAGCUUGCCCUCCUAUGCUCCCGUCAGCGUUGAAUGUCCGGCGAACCAACAGCUUUUACGGCUGGCAGGCAACCCUGCAGGACGGAACCAAACCUUGUCACAGGCGGAGGCCAACUUUCUCCGGGGUAGGAGAUCCGUUACAGCUACACUCUGGCGGGAAUUUUUCACCGACGGGCCCGGCAAGGCCACUGGCUACCAGCACACCUCGUUGUUGGCCCGAAAUCAACAAAAUUGGCCUAUCCUCGGGAUCGCCCAUUCUGGCGGUGGUCUGCGCGCGUCAUUAUAUGCUGCUGGAGUGUUCCAAGCGCUUGAUACAAGGUCUAGGUCUAGUCCUGUGCGAGGUGUUUAUCCUUUAGCAACGUAUGUCACUGGUCUCAGUGGUGGGAGCUGGCUCGUUGCAUCGCUUGCUGCAAACAAUUAUCCAACCGCGUCUGAUAUGGUCUCAGGCUGGCAGCUGGAGAAUGAUCUUGUCCUUCCCGGGGGACUCAACCCCCUGAGGAAUGCGCAGUUUCUAGACGCUCUCUCGGACACAGUAAAGCUAAAACAAAAAGCUGGUUAUAACGUUUCCCUAACUGACCAAUGGGGACGCGCUCUUGGAUACCAUUUCUUGCCAGGAACAAAUUCUGAAAACUUUUAUACCAAUUCGCCAACAACUGCCCAUGGCGCUGGCAUUCUUUUUUCGAGUCUUUCAAACACAAAAAUGGUGCGAGAGUUCCUGGCCCCGCUCCCAAUAGUUGUCAGCAACCACAAGCCUCUCCGAUCAACCGCGAACCCAAGUAGCGUGACCGUCGCCGGAUCAACCUACGUGCCGCUUUCGGCGCCAGUCUACGAGUGUUCGCCGUUCGAGUUUGGGAGCUUUGACCCUCAGCUCAGUGCAUUCAUUCCCACGCAGUACCUCGGCACCAGUCUCAAUGCUGGGAAGCCUUUCAUCGCUUCCUCCGUCAUCAAAGCCAUGAAGAAAACCAACCCCAAAAAUAGCUGUGUGCGUGGAUUUGAUCAAUUGAGUUUUAUCAUGGGAAGCUCUGCUACACUUUUCAACGCUGUGACUGGUCUUCCAACCCAAUAUUCUGCAGUCUUUUCGAACAUGGCCAGCAGAACCUCUGGAUCCAAGGCUGGCAAAUCAUUAACGGCGCGGUACCCGAAUUCUUUUAAAGGAGUGAAUGGCCCGGCUGGAUUUGACCGUUCGAACUCCAACGAGUUGGAGAUCGUUGAUGGCGGAGAAAACGGCGAAAAUAUACCUCUCAAUCCGCUGUUGGCUCCAGCUAGGCACGUAGAUGUUAUCUUGGCGGCGGACGCAUCUAGGGAUUCUGGUUCAAGUGGCGUCAAUGGGGCUGGCUGGCCUAACGGAAGUAGUAUGAUCAACACCUUUUUGCGGGUGACCAAAAUCCUGCCGGCCGGCACGGCCAACUUUCCACCUGUCCCUUUGGACCCCAAAAUCUGGGAGCAAAGAGGAUUUUCAUCUCGACCCACAUUCUUCGGCUGCGAAGCCCCAAUUAAGCAAGGUAAUGGUGGAUAUCCCUUGGUAAUUUACUUGCCAAAUAGCCCGACCCAAUCACCUCCGUUUACCAACUACUCAACCUUCAAAAUACAAUAUUCAAAGGAGGAGACCAGCUCGUUUCUCAAAUCGAUCGGGCUAGAAAUCGGCAGGGCGUACCUCGGUCCCGUCCAUGUCAAAAUUGCUUUCAACGUUAUUGCUUCAGCUGAAUUUCAUCCAUCACUCCGCCCUCAUCGCCAUACCGGGAGCGUCUUCAUCCGGUCGGAUCGCGAGCUAGCCCUCAUAUUAAUAACUUGA